AACGGAACUAUUUCUCAAACAUUUCUGCGCUUCAGCACCAUAUUAUAAUCAUUUGACACCCUGAGUUUCCUCUACCUCACAAAGCUCAAGCUCCACUCUUUUUUAGCUCUCAUGGCAGAAAAACUCAUCUCUCUCUGGGUUUUCCUUCUACUCCUAUAUCCAGUAAAGCCUCAAGACGAUGCUAGAACCUUGUUGGACGGGUUCAGUGGCGGGUUCAGCGCUGCAGGCAACAACUUGAGCUUAGACGGCGUUGCGGCGAUUGAGAACAAUGGCGUACUAAGGCUAACAGACUACACCUCGACUAUGGCUUCCGGCCACGCCUUUUAUUCACACCCAAUCCAAUUCAAGAACUCCAGCGGCGAAGUCAAGUCCUUCUCCACCUCGUUCGCUUUCGUUAUAAUCCCCCAGCCUGGGAAACAAGGCGGCGAUGGCCUCGCUUUCGCAAUCUCUCGCGUACAAGGGAUUCCAGGGGGUAAUCCAGGCUCUUAUAUUGGCCUCUUCAACGCCAGCAAUAAUGGGAACGUCUCGAACCAUAUAUUAGCGGUCGAAUUCGACACUUACAUGAACGCCGAGUAUGGUGAAACCGAUAACAACCAUGUUGCCGUCGACAUCAAUAGCAUAAUAUCGAACAAAUCUGCUCCGGUUCCCUUUAAUUUGACGAGUGGUCAGGCAAUUCAGGCAUGGAUCGAUUAUCAUUCGCCAACAAACCAAUUAAAUGUCAGGCUUGCGACGGACUCUACCAAACCCAGUUCUAUACUUUUGUCCUCUACAGUAAACCUCUUACAAAUUCUUAAUGAAUCUGUGUACAUCGGGUUUUCUGCUGCUACUGGUUUAAUCACGAGCUCGCAUUAUAUCCUGGGUUGGAGCUUCAACAUGAAUGGAGAUGCUAAAUCUCUCAAUUUAGAUCAACUUCCUAAGCCCCAGCUCCCCAGUACUACCCCCACUGGGACCAAAAACAAUCUUACAGGCCUAAUUGUUGGCGUCUCAGUUUCAGGUGCUUUGGCUGUCAUUUUGCUUGCUGCUUUGACGUUUUACAUGGUCAGGAGGAAACGGAAGGCUGAUGCGGUUGAGGACUGGGAGCAUGAUAUUGGUCCGCAUAGAUUUUCUUACGAGGAGCUGAAGAAAGCAACAAGGGGUUUCAAACAGAAAGAGCUACUUGGAUCUGGUGGGUCUGGUAAAGUUUACAAAGGAACUCUGCCGAAGUCAGAUACCCAAGUUGCUGUUAAACGUAUUCCUCAGGAUUCCAAACAGGGCUUGCAAGCGUUCAUAUCGGAGGUUGCUACUAUCGGUCGUCUGCGUCAUAGAAAUUUAGUUCUAUUAUUGGGUUGGUGUCGUCGGGAAGCUGAUCUACUACUUGUGUAUGAAUUCGUGCCUAAUGGAAGCUUAGACAAGCACCUUUUUGAUGAGCCCCUAUCAAUCCUGAGGUGGGAACAAAGGUUCAAGAUCAUCAAAGGAGUGGCUUCAGGGCUUCUAUACUUACACGAGGAGUGGGAAAAAACUGUAGUUCACAGGGACAUCAAGGCCGGAAAUGUUUUGUUGGAUUCUGAGUUCAAUGCAAGGCUGAGUGAUUUUGGUCUCGCUAAGCUAUACGAGCACGGCUCCAACCCAAGCACGACUAGGGUGGUGGGGACGUUGGGGUAUAUGGCACCUGAGCUGACGCGCACAAGCAAGCCGACGACCAGCUCCGAUGUGUAUGCCUUUGGAGCUUUGCUGCUGGAAGUUGUAUGCGGUAGAAGACCUAUUAAUCCUACAGCAUUGUCUGAGGAGCUCAUGCUGGUGGACUGGGUUUGGGAGAAGUGGGAGGUCGGAGCAGUACUUGAUGUUGUUGACCAGAGGAUGGAGGGCAGGUUUGAUGAGGCUGAGGCUGUUUUGGUGCUCAAACUGGGCGUAAUUUGUUCCAAUGAUGACGCCGAGGCACGCCCUACGAUGAGGCUGGUGUUGAGGUACCUGGAGGGCGAGUUGCCGCUGCAGAAGGCUGUGGAGAUGCCAUAUAAGAAAAAAGGUGGUGCUGCCGCUGGUCGUCGUACCAUUGAGUUUGAGGAUUAUACGCAGUCCAUUCCGACUACAUCGUCGGAGUAUGACGUUGAUGAGAGCGAAAACACCGAAAUGGCAGCUACGAACACCACCGCACCAGUUCCAGUGGACUCUAGCUCGGUCCCCGAGACAGGCAUGCCCAAGGUGGUCAAGCUCAGGUGCAUGGGUUGUUUGGCUGGAGAGAAGACGAGAGAUUUUCGGUGAUUUUUGGGUCUGUGUAGAGGGAGAUAAAUUUGAUUUUGGGUUGUUUCUUGAGUUUUGGAUCUUAAGCAAUUUUUCAGUUGAUUUUAGAUGGAAAUUGUAAUGGGUUCUGCAUAUUUUGGUUAGAUGGAAGAUUUU